AAAUUCUCGGGCCUUGGAAGCUAGGAAUACCAGACUCCCGAUCAAAAGCAUGUUCGAUAAAGGGAAAAGGUGGGGGUCGUCGAGUGAAUAGGUGACCGACGUCAUACCCACUUUCUCCCAAGUCCGUCUCGUUUACAACCCACCUUGUAAUCGGCCAGGUCGGAAGCCAAACAGCACCCACAAUGCGAGCCUGAGCGGUGCAAAAUAAAUCUGAAAAGUCUGACGCGCAAUGGCCAAAGAUCUCGGGCGGUCAAUUUCGGGCGUCACGGGCGAGAGCCACGGGGCGAUUAGCGACUCGGAGAUGCAGCAAAACCAGCUAGAGGUCGUUUUCUACCCCGAUUCCAGCCACCGCCGUAAAUCCUCCCUCGUUACAAUGGAGAAACCACGAUUUAGACCACACUUCGAUCAACAUGACAAGUCGACAGCUUGUUAUGUGCAUUCCCUCAUCGCCGGCGAAUGGGCCGUACCGUCGGGCCAGGUGGACGAGGCGCAGGACGUGAUCCGGACAUUAGGUGAUGAGGAGGCCACCGUGGAUACAAAGUCUUCCGACCAGGGUGACGUGGUUUCUGUCAUCGAUACCGAUAAUAAGAUGCUCAAACCCGUGCCGGCCAUCGUUGAAUCGCGGCACCUGACGAAGCGACAACUCUCUGAUAUGGCAUGGAAUGUGCGGAAACUCUCAAAGAAACUCGGCAGUAUCAAGCUCAAGCUCACGGUCCAGAACGUGUUUAUCGUGAGCAAGACACAUGAUGAGUCGCUAGUCAGUCUGACCAGGAAAAUGACCCGUUGGCUGCUGUCCAAGGACCGGGAUGCGCCGUACAAUGUUUAUGUGGAGCGCCGUCUAGAGACACAUCCGGAUUUCGGAGCAUUGCAGCUGGUGCAGGAGGAGCCAUCAGCCAAGAGCCGGCUGCUAUACUGGGAUCCAAAGCUUGCGCAAGAGCAGCCGCACCUGUUUGAUUUCGUUAUUACUCUGGGAGGAGACGGGACGGUCCUCUAUACCAGCUGGCUAUUCCAACGUAUCGUGCCACCAGUUCUAUCAUUUUCACUUGGCUCACUGGGAUUCAUGACAAAAUUUGAUUUCGCCGAUCACCAAAAAAUCCUCGAGAAUGCUUUCCGGGAAGGCGUCGUUGUCAGCCUCCGGCUGCGCUUCGAAUGCACUAUCAUGCGGAGCAAAGCGCGGUUGAAAGACCCUAACUCAAGAACUCUCACAAGCCGGGAUCUGGUCGAAGAAUUGAUUGGAGAGGAAGGAGAAGACACAUUGACACAUACCCCGGACCGAGUUUACGAGAUCCUCAACGACGUCGUUCUGGACCGGGGUCCAAAUCCAACCAUGUCUCAAAUCGAACUGUUUGGUGAUGACGAGCAUUUCACUACCUUGCUUGCAGACGGAAUCUGCAUUGCAACUCCGACGGGUUCCACGGCGUACAACCUCGCGGCAGGCGGCUCGCUUUCGCAUCCUGAGAAUCCAGUUAUACUGGUAACCGCCAUUUGCGCGCAUACCCUAUCCUUCCGCCCGAUUAUCCUACCGGACACUAUUGUGCUACGUAUGGGUGUGCCUUACGAUGCGCGAACCAGUUCGUGGGCUAGCUUCGAUGGACGGGAGAGAGUCGAACUACAUCCCGGUGACUAUGUGACGGUGUCCGCAUCGAGAUACCCAUUCGCCAAUGUGUUGCCUCAGGGUCGACGGGGCGAAGACUGGGUGCAUAGUAUUUCGAAAACCUUGAACUGGAACUCAAGGACUAAACAAAAGAGCUUCAAAUAGGUCUUUGGGGGGGCUUCCAGAGGCGUGUUAAGAUUGGAAAUCUUGGGCAUAUUGGCUUGGUCUCUGUUCGUUUCUUUUGUUUUCAUUUUGGCUGGGUUGCAAUGGCCACUGGAUGGCCCGUUACGGAGUGUAUAUUGGGCACAUAUUGGAAUUGACAUUGGCUUGAAUAUUAUUGACGUGCAUCGAGACGAGACCUUUAGC